GUCACUGUUAGUAUAUCCGGGUGAUUCCAGUGACCUUGGAUUGGUUGUGAGAAUAAUGGCGGCUCUUGUCAGGUUAAGUUCUGUUUGCCACAGAGGUGUCAACCCCCUGUUAUUUCGCUCUUCUUCCCUCAUCAGACCUUUGGCCAUACAGAAGAAGGAUCAUGAUUGUCCAUACUUGUUAUCCGCAAAGAUACAUGCUACCCCUUCCAACUAUGCGAGCUCUGGGUCCAAAGCUGCUUCCUUGCACUGGACCGGAGAGCGGAUCCUGAGCAUAGUUCUUCUGGGCAUGGCACCCGCUGCGUAUUAUUUUCCCGGCCCUGCUGUUGACUACUCUCUAGCAGCUGCCCUUACUCUACAUGGUCACUGGGGUCUUGGCCAAGUUUUGACAGACUACGUUCAUGGAGACUUUAAAAUCAAGAUGGCUAAUGCAGGCCUCUUUGUUCUGUCUACCGUCACCUUCGCCGGCCUGUGCUACUUCAACUACCAUGAUGUGGGGAUUUGUAAAGCUGUGGCCCUCUUGUGGAGUAAAUGAUUGGACUUUCAUCAUUAGAGUUCAAGUUUAUUGUAUACAGUUGUGACAUGUAAAUUCUAUGAAUAUAUAAUUUGACAACACUUGGUGUUGAUUUGCAGGUGUUUUUUUUUUAUUUGUAAAUGCUGUCAGUUUAUUCAGAACAUGCUCAGCUUUUGCUUAAGAUGAAAUACUCUGCAUGUCAUCCACUCUCUUGUCUGGCAAAUCAGUGUUUCUGAUGCAGCAAAAUCAACUAAUUGUUCUGGCUAUUAGACGGUUGCUGUAUUUGAACUUGAAAAAUCACUACGGUAAUAUUAAAGUUCAAACACGUUUUAAUUUAUUUUCAUGUUUUCGACAUAUUUCUCCAAAAAUGCCUUUUUGACAGCCAGUGUCCGAUGUGUCAAAAUGUAACAUCUAUGCUGUUUAUGUCAGUGUGACAUGCAGAAUUAACCUGACUUUAUCUUUAAUGUGUAUACAGGAAGUGAUUUGUAAGUUGGAUCAUGAGCAGAUUAUGUUGUACUGUGGUGCACAGAUAUUAAACUGAUGUUAUACACCAAUAUUUCUGUUUUAGAGACACUGACAUAUUAUAAGCAUGGUAUUUACCAUCAUAUUUGAGUCGUCCAUUAAUGACCACAACAUCUGGGGGAGUUAUCAUAUUAACUUUACAUUUUGCAUGGCUGUAUGUCUUCUGUCCUGAGAAAUAAUUUAUGAAAAGCAAUUUGUAAUUGAAUGCUCUGCAUUUACAUUUAUUUUAAUUGCGUCUUUCAUUUUUAAUGGCUUAGAUGUGUUUAAAACAGGCUUGUGAUACUGAUAACAGUAAAGCGAACUUGUGUGGAUAAUCAAA